AUGGGUUUCUCUCAUGCCUGGCCAUCUGACUGGUUUAGUCCGAAAUUUCGGGACACGCUCCCGUUGGCGGUCAGCGCGCUCGGGGACUGCCCGCGGCCUCUGUUCGCGCUGCAGCCGGACCAGCCGCGCGUCCCGCGGGCCUGGGGCCUGCGCAGUAGCACCCUUCGCGGUGCUUUCCCGUCGCCAGGGAGGCUCGACCCAGCCCCGCGGGCCCGGCGGCCUUGCAGCAGGAAGUCCCCGCUUCUGGCUCCCGGGCCUCCAGUUGCCGAGGAGGAGGAUGUGAGCUUGCCCGGGUCCACCCCUUCCCCCCGAGGAGGACCCGCCCCCGGCCGCGCCCGCUCCCGGGCUCGGGGCUCCGCCCAGGGCCCCGCACUUGAACUACAGGGGCUGGACCGCGCCCGGCCCGAGCACUCGGCGGGUCUUCCUUCCCAGCCCCGGGCGAAGCCGGCCGCCGGCGCGAUGCUGCUCUGGCUGGUUCACCUCGGGCAGAAGCUGCUGCUCUGGGGCGCGGUGGCCGCAGUCUCCACGGCAGGCGCCACCCUCAUCCUCAAUCUCUUGCAGAUGACGGUGAGCUCCGUGCAACUGUGGCUGCACCUGCGGCCCAUGCCGACCGUGGAGGGCGCCUACCCCUUGUUAGGACACAUAAAGAUACUGAAGAUGGACGCGAAAGGUUUUUUUCAGCAGAUGAUUACUGUGUCUGAAAAUCACCGACAUUGGCCACUGGUAAAACUGUGGCUUGGCCCAGUGCCAGUAAUAGGCAUGUAUAAGGCAGAAGUUGUGGAGGUAAUAUUAAGUAGUGCAAAGCAUAUCGACAAAUCCUAUAUGUACACAUUCCUAGAACCAUGGCUUGGCCUGGGACUUCUUACAAGUACUGGAAACAAAUGGCACAGAAGGAGAAAAAUGAUAACACCCACUUUCCAUUUUACAAUUCUGGAAGAUUUCUUAGAUGUCAUGAAUGAACAAGCAAAUAUAUUGGUUAAAAAGCUCGACAAACAUGUUAAUGGAGAUGCAUUUGACACUACUUUUUACGUCACUCUUUGUACCUUAGAUAUAAUCUGUGAAACAACUAUGGGCAAGAAUAUUUCUGCUCAGAUUAAUGAUGAUUCUGAGUAUGUCCGUGCAGUUUAUAGGAUGGCUGAUAUAGUACAUGAAAGAAUGAAGAAGCUUUGGCUCUGGCCUGACUUUCUAUUCCUUCUGUUUAAAGGAUGGAAACCCAAAAGGACCCUACAGAUUUUACAUAAUUUUACCACCAGUGUCAUUGUUGAGCGGGCCAAUGAAAUAAAGAAAAAUGAAGAAUGUAAGAGUGAUGACCGGGACAUGCCCCUCUGCAAAAGAAAGCGCAAGGCUUUUCUUGACUUGCUUUUAAAUGUAGUUGAUGAUGAAGGGAACAAGCUGAGCCACGAAGAUAUUCGAGAAGAAGUGGACACUUUCAUGUUUGAGGGCCAUGAUACAACCGCAGCUGGAAUAAACUGGGCCUUAUACCUGUUGGGUUCUAAUCCAGAAGUCCAGAGAAAAUUGGACGAUGAACUUGACGAAGUGUUCGGGAAGUCUGAUCGUCCUGCUACCUCGGAAGACCUGAAGAAACUUAAAUAUCUGGAGUGUGUGAUCAAGGAGACCCUUCGUCUUUUUCCUUCUGUUCCUAUGAUUGCCCGUAAUUUCAGUGAAAAUUGUGAAAUUGAGGGGUAUAGUCUCCCGAAGGGCUGCCAAACAAUCAUCAUCCCAUAUGCGCUGCACAGAGACCCCAGAUACUUCCCAGAUCCUGAGGAAUUCAAGCCGGAGCGAUUCUUUCCGGAGAAUUCAUUGGGGCGCCAUCCGUAUGCGUACGUGCCCUUCUCUGCUGGGCCCAGAAACUGUAUAGGUAAAAGAUUUGCCUUAAUGGAAGAAAAGGUCGUUCUUUCCCGCAUCCUAAGGAAUUUUUGGGUAGAAACCAAGCAAAAAAGAGAAGAACUUGGUCUAGUAGGAGAGCUGAUUCUUCGUCCAAGUAAUGGCAUCUGGAUCACGUUGAAGAGGAGGAACACAGAAGAACCCUAACUCUAUUAUUGGGCUGUGCUCUUAUCAUGAAUAGGGUCUUCCUUUAAGGGAAACUUUGUAUUUACAAUUUGUAGAUCAUGAAUUCAAUGCUGCUAAUCCCUAGACCUCAUUUUUUCUUGUCCCCACUUACCUUGAGGUCAGGUCUACCAGAGAGUUUUUAUAUUUUCAUCACCACCAUAAUCUUACCCCUGGUCUUGAUCCCAAAAGGAGAGUUAACUGAUGUCUGUACCCAAAUAAAAAUAUAAGUUUCUCAACAGAGGGAUCCACAGGCCAAUUCAAUUUCAAUUGACAAACCCAAAGAAUAUAAAUUAGUUGAGGUUCCAGAAUUUUUUAAGGUAUUCUUGUUGACUCAAGAACACAAAUAUACAUGUAUACAUAUACAUUUAAUUUGAAAAGGAUGAGUAAUUAAAUACUUAGACUUGUGUUUAAGUUUUAAAAAUUAGAUAAAUGUCAUCAGUUAUGAGAAUAGCUAUUAUUAUGAUACAUUGCAGAUUUUAUUAAGGAAAAUUGAUCAUUUAUAAGUUGACUUAUGGGUUCUUUUCCUAUUUCCCUUUUAACUGUGUACUUACGGACUUUGUUUCAUUUCAUUCUACAUAACAUCACAAUUAUCUUUAUGUGUCAUAUAUUAUUAGGAGAGAUCCCACUUGGUAAUCUCCAAUCCCUCACAGUGCCUCAUAUGGUUGAUUAAUGGCUUUUGAAGCUGCAAACACCUUAGACCUUACCUAGUUAUACUGCUUUUUGUUAUAAAUAAAGGAAUAAGAUCAAUGAAAGUUAAGUUUCCAUCCAAAGUCAUACCACUAGUGGGUGACAGGGCUGGAAAUAGAUAGAGGACUAUACUCUAAAUCUCUCAACUCCUAGCACAGUAUGUUUCCACUACAAUAUGCUCUUUCUUUGUGAAACUCAGGCCUGUAACUGGUAUGUCAUUAGAACACAGAUCUUCUAGAAUUCUUCCAUCAUUAAGGAAAAGAGAAGCCACACAUGCAUAUUUAGGAACUUCGUAUUGUCUCACUUAGUUUAGGGUUGAACUGCCAGGAAUUCAGUCCUCCAAAACACCUGUCAAGCUGAUAACGGACGGACAUUCCCUGAAUUUUAAUUCCAUUAACAUUAUCUCUACUCCCUCACUCGGUGACUUUAAA